UGCCUUUAAUUCCGUUGUUCCCUCGGGUCAGUCUCCACUCUCUCUCUUCGCAUGGAACGGUUUCUCGCUACUCUGCAGGAUGUGCAAGUAUAGCAUAGCGUCGUGUAUUGUCUUACUUUAUCUACUAUGCGUCACGUAUGGCUUAGAUUGGUCCUCAAGAAGAAAUAACUUCAAUAACAGGUUCCCGACAAGAAAACAAACGUCUAAUGAAUUUGAUGUCCUGAUAUUUACUCAGACAUGGCCGUUGACAGCUUGUUUCGUAUGGGAAAACAAGUCGCGGCCAAACGAUACGCACAGUUGCUCGUUACCUAAACGCGACGAGUGGACUAUCCACGGAAUUUGGCCCACGAAAUACAACACGAUAGGCCCGCAGUUUUGUAACAGCGCGUUACCAUUUAAUCCAAGCGCUAUAGCGCCCAUAGAAAGUAAUUUAAAAGAAAACUGGAUCGAUAUUCAUAAAGGAUCUAAACCCUAUUCGUUCUGGAGACACGAGUGGAAUAAACAUGGCACUUGUGCAAUCGAAAUAAAUGCUUUAAACACUGAAUUUAAAUACUUCCAAGAAGGUCUAAAAUUAAUCGAUAAGUACAAUAUGAUUGACGUGCUUUCAAAAGCAAAUAUUUUGCCAGGCAAUAAAUAUAUGGUACAAGAUAUAUUCAUGGGAAUUCAAAAGGUAUUAAAUAAAAGGGCACAAAUAAUGUGCGUUAACGGGAAAAAGAACGAAUCAUAUGUGAUCGAGAUAAGGAUUUGUUUUGACAAGACGUUACAAUUGGUAGACUGUGAUGGCAUAUACAAUUUCCCUACAAACUGUGAUAAAUCCAAACCAAUAAUAUAUCCUAGUCGCGUACCAACUUAUUACGCGACACAGAUAUAACGGCGUUACUGGCUACAUCAUUCCACCUUCUUCUGAACGAUCACGACUGCCGAGGGUACUAGGCCUGCAAAUGAAACAGGAACAUACGUUGUGCCAUCUUCGGGAAAAGUCUUUAUAUCCUAAAUAUGUUAAAUAAUUUUAUCACGUUACAAUCGAUAAAAUUGUACAAUUAAUUGAUAGAAUUGCACUUGUUUACCAAUAAUAAACGAUAAUAGAAAUUAUCACAAGUUAUAUGUAUAUAUGGUUCCAAAAGUAAUGAGACAAAUUCUGAAAAAAUCGUUCUGGAAAAAAGGAUUCUAAUUUGAAAAAUACCAAGUGUAUUUUCAAUAAAACGAUUUUUCCAAAAUUAAUCUCAUUGCUUUUGUGGGACGCACCAUGUAUAUAUGACAAUGUAUAUAAAAAUAAAUGAUCAAUGUACAGCAUA